AUUAGAACCGGGGAAGCCCUUCGCCUCCGCCGUGCUCCAGCCAGCUCAAGUGUCUUAGAUCGUAUGAACCAUAACGUUAAAACGAUAGAUUAUCUUACAGCUCGGCUCGUUUUUGGAUGCUGGCUACAUCUUUAGAUCGAGGGGAUGAAACAGACAACUAAAAUUGGGUCACCCAUGGCAGCCACCUGUAGGCUCCCAACCUCGACCGCGAUGUCAUUGCUAGGCGGGGGUGGAGUCCACACCUGGCUGGUCCUUAUUCUUUAACUCGGGCCCUUGUUUCCUCUAGAUCCCAGCCGACAGCUCUUAGCUGACGAGGCUCGAGAGCGAUCGGUUCUCGUAUUUCAUAAGCGACCUUUAAAAACUAUAUGAAAAUCCGUUCUCAAGAAGACGUGCUCCUCUGUAAUGGAAAAAUACGAAAAAAUUGGAAAGAUUGGAGAAGGUUCCUAUGGGGUAGUGUUCAAGUGCAGAAACAGAGACACGGGUCAGAUCGUGGCCAUCAAGAGGUUUCUGGAAACCGAAGAUGACCCUGUCAUAAAGAAAAUCGCCCUUCGAGAAAUCCGCAUGCUCAAGCAACUCAAGCAUCCCAACCUCGUCAGCCUCCUGGAAGUCUUCCGCAGGAAGCGGCGGCUUCACCUGGUGUUCGAGUACUGCGACCACACGGUGCUUCACGAGCUGGACAGAUAUCAGAGGGGGGUACCAGAGCCUCUCGUGAAGAACAUAACUUGGCAGACACUGCAGGCUGUGAAUUUCUGCCAUAAACACAACUGCAUACACAGAGAUGUGAAGCCGGAAAACAUUCUCAUCACCAAACACUCAGUCAUUAAGCUCUGUGACUUUGGGUUUGCACGGCUUCUCACUGGACCCGGUGACUACUACACUGACUACGUGGCCACCAGGUGGUACCGCUCACCUGAGCUGCUAGUGGGAGACACACAGUAUGGCCCCCCAGUAGAUGUCUGGGCAAUUGGGUGUGUGUUUGCUGAGUUGCUGUCCGGUGUGCCUCUGUGGCCAGGAAAAUCCGAUGUGGACCAGCUCUAUCUGAUAAGGAAAACCCUGGGGGACCUCAUUCCCAGGCACCAGCAAGUGUUUAGCAUGAAUCAGUACUUCAGUGGGGUGAAAAUUCCAGACCCUGAAGACAUGGAAACACUUGAGUUGAAGUUUCCAAACAUCUCCUACUCUGCUCUGGGCUUCUUAAAGGGAUGCCUCCACAUGGACCCUGCUGAGAGGCUGACAUGUGAACAGCUGUUGCAGCAUCCGUAUUUUGACAGCAUUCGAGAAGUUGGGGAAUUGGCAAGACCACAUGACAAACCAACAAGGAAGACCCUGAGGCAGAGUAGAAAGCACUUGACUGGGUUGCAGCACCUGCCUCAGCUAACCAGCAGCAGCGUCCUCCCCGCUCUGGACAGGAAGAAGUACCACUGUGGUACCAGGAACUUUAACUACCACUUUCCAAAUAUUUAAGGAGCUGGCAGAGUAAUGAAGAAUUGAUCAAAAAUUUGAAGAAAUGUAUACAUUUGACUCCUGUCUUGACCACACAUCAGGAGAAAACACAAACAGGAAGCUGGAGGUUAUUUGCCAGGAUAUGAGGGAAAUUCCGGAUCCAGACUUCCAUGCUUGGUGGAGAUGUCCAGAGAAGAGAGCAGGAGCUUGGGACUUCUCUGCGUCUUCCUUUUCUAAGCAGCAGAGCUUAUGGACAGAAUAUAAACUGUAUCUAAGCCCGCAGCUGCAACAUUAGAUAAUGUCAGAAGACCUGGGCUGCAGUUUGCUCUCUGCCACACGCAGAGAGUGCAUCAAGAAAUGUCCUGGGGUUGGGGAUUUAGCUCAGUGGUAGAGCGCUUGCUUAGCAAGCGCAAGGCCCUGGGUUCGGUCCC